CUGUCAGCUGCUGUUGCUGGGCGGCGCAUAGCAACCAGGAAGGCUCUGCACUAGCAGUAAGAGAUGUUCUAGCCAAUAAUAUUAAAUUAAUACUUCAAGAAGCGUCGAGUAGUUCAUAAGGAACCUAAUCAGUCAUUGGUGUUCCGCCGUCGCAGCGAUGGAGGAGACGAACAGAGAGGCGGUAGCUACUGCCGUGCAGAGGGUGGCCGGGAUGCUGCAGCGCUCCGACCAGCUGGACAAAGUGGAGCAGUACAGACGCAGAGAGGCGCGCAAGAAGGCGUCUGUAGAGGCCAGACUUAAGGCCGCCAUCCAGUCUCAGUUGGACGGCGUACGCACAGGCCUGACGCAGCUGCACAACGCCCUGUGUGACGUCAACGACAUCCAGAACUCGCUGGCUGACGUCAGUAAGGACUGGAGGCAGAGCAUCAACACCAUCGAGAACCUGAAGGACGUGAAAGAGGCCGUGGUGCAGCACAGUCAGCUGGCCUCCGCAGUGGAGAACCUCAAGAACAUCUUCUCAGUCCCGGAGAUCGUGCAGGAGACACGUGAGCUGAUCGAACGUGGCGAGCUGCUGCAGGCGCACCGUCGACUCAUGGACCUGGAGUGUACACGUGACAACCUGCUGUACGAACAGCAGCGACUGGACAGCAGGAGCGCGCCAGAGCCGGGCCUCAUCGGCGCCUACUUCGGCGAGGUUCAGGGCCUCUCCGACGAGCUCGCCAAGCAGCUAUGGCUGGUCCUGCAGCGUGCGCUGGUCACCGUGCGGCGUGACCCUACCAUGCUGGUGUCCGUGGUGCGCAUCAUCGAGCGCGAAGAGAGGAUGGACCGCCGCAUGCUGGAGCGUAACCGACAGUCCUCCUUCCUCCCUCCGGGCCGGCCCAAGCGCUGGAAGAACCGCAUGAGCGAGGCGCUGGAGGGCACGGUGAGCGGGCGCGUCGAGAGCGCGCAGUCCGAGACGCGACAGUCCGACAAGAUGUGGCUGGUGCGCCUGCUGGAGCUCACGCGCCGCUACGUGCUGGACGACCUCCUCAUCGUCAAGAGCCUGGUAGUGCAGUGUUUCCCGCCGCACUACGACACCUUCCGGCUGUUCCUGGGCCUCUACCACAGAGCCGUCUCGGCACGCGUCCAGGAGCUCGCCGAAGACGACCUGGAGCCCAACGAGAUCGUGUCUCUGCUCACUUGGGUGCUCAACACGUACAAAAGUGUGGAGAUGAUGGGCCAUCCAGAUCUGUCCCCCGAGUGUGACGCCAAGCAGUUGGAGCCUCUGCUGCCUGAGGAUGUGGUGAACCAACUGCUCGGCAAAUACCUGACCACUUUCACCUCUAACAUCACCGGCUGGCUGCGGAAAGCUCUGGAAACCGACAAGAAGGACUGGCAGAAGGAGACGGAGCCCGAGGCAGAUCAGGACGGCUACUACCAGACCACUCUACCUGCCAUCGUCUUCCAGAUGUUCGAGCAGAACCUGCAAGUGGCGGCGCAGAUCAACGAGACGUUUAAAGAGCAGGUGCUGAUGCUCUGUCUGAAACAGAUGAACUCCUUCCUCGUCAGGUACAGGGACGAGGCCAUCGCGUACAAGGAGGAGCACUUGAAAGAUCGUCAGCUUCCGCAGUGCUACAUCCAGUACAUGAUCGCCAUCAUCAACAACUGCCAGACCUUUAAGGAGUCUAAAAAUAGUCUGAAACAGAAAUACUCCCAGUCGACGGAGCCCAACCAAAAUGACGCAGCUAUUGAAAAAACCCUGAACGGCGUGGUCAAGGAGGGUUGCCAGUUCUUAUUGGAUGAAGUCUUCCUGGAUUUGGAGAAUCACCUGAAUGAGCUGAUGACCCGGAAGUGGUUGACAGGCUCUCAUGCAGUGGAAACCAUCUGUGUGACGGUGGACGAUUACUUCAGUGACUUCGCCAAAAUUAAAAAGCCUUAUAAUCAGGAGAUGACGAAGGAGGCUCAACGGCGUGUGGUAGUGGAGUACCUGAAGGCCAUCAUGCAGAAACGCAUCACGUUUAAAAACGCAGAUGAGAGGAAGGAGGGAGCAGAGAAGAUGAUCAAAGAGGCAGAUCAGUUCAGCUUUCUCUUCAAAAAACUCUCUGCCGGAGAGGACACGGACUGGCUGUGCGGCUCCAUCUCUGCCAUAGCGGAGGUGUUUAAGCUGACUGACCCCACUCUUCUCUUCCUGGAGGUGUCCACACUGGUCUCCAAGUACCCGGACAUCAGGGAGGAGCACAUCGUGGCCUUGCUGGCGGUUCGAGGCGAUGCCAAUCGUGACACGCGGCAGAUGAUCAUCGAGACGCUGAACCAGAGCAAACCAGCCGUCUCCCCCAACGCGCUGCACGUCUUCAGAGACAUCACCGUGCCAACCAUCACAGCAAUGACCGUGCCUAAACUGCUGAAAUAACAUUAUUAUUAUUAACACCUGUCCUUUGACCUGUUUGGCUUUAUACCUUAAGGAGCACACCAUCAUCAUGAUGAGAAAUGGCCCCCUGCAGCACACACACAGAAAGACGUGUGCACAGAAAACCCCUAGAUGAUGAUUUUUUUUUUUUGUUCUUUUAAACACUAAAAUCCUCCUCCUCCGCCUCCUCCCCGCACUGCGCACAAGACUGGAUAAUAAUUUCGCCGGGAGCUUCUGUAUGAUCCUUUGGGAAAGCUAUCGAGUCACAGUCCAACUCUCACAUCCCAGUUUUUCCCCAGAGUUCCCUGUAAUACCCGCACUUCCUGUUUACAUGCGUGACUUGAUGAUUUCUUCUUCCUGAUGUGUGAAACAGAACAACACCGAGUGCACGGAAUACACCCACGCUAUAAAGUUAAUCAGAGCCACUGUAGACCAAGAAACUCAAUUAAGAUGAAUAAAAAUCAUGAUUAAUAAAUACAAAUUCAAGCUGUCGGUGCAAGUUACAAAAUACAUGCCCAGCUGUGAUGGUGUCUAUGGCAACCGUGAAACCUCGCUCAGCUCAGGUGCCUGUUUUUGCUUAUUUAAACCUUCACACAAGCGAAUCACUGCUCUUACCCUAUUGGCCGAUCUCUGUCUGAUCCCGACCUUCAAGCAUGCUCGUAUCGGAAGUAUAACGUUUGCGUGAUUUCAACAAACGCGCACAAUCAGCACUCGAUUUCUUUUCAUUUUGUAAUUAAGCUAUUAGGCUAAUCUCAUUAUGAAGUAAGAAAAUCUUUUAGUUAUAAGCGUCCUGCGUCCUCACAGAACACUGAACGAUUAUAAAUGAAUUGUAAAGAGCAUGUGUGUUUAAAUUUGCCGUACAAAUACCAUAAACAAGCUUUGUGUACUGCAAUUUAGUCCAUUAUGUUGUUAAAUUCUGCCCCCUAGUGGCUGCACAGUGUAAUACACAGCAAGACGACGACUGGAGUUUUUUUUUUUUUUUCCUCCAACAUUUAUUGCUAAUAAUUCAACAGAGAAAAAUGCUCCAUUUGCUUAAAAUGCAAAUACGAUCAGAGAUAACUUGUAACCUCCAUGUUAAUCAAACAUUUACACUUGAAAUACAAUAAACAAUCUCCGAGGCCUAAAUAAAAACAAACUCUUUUAUACAGUACAGCAUCGUAAACCUUUUACACCUCUAAAAGUUUUUGACUAAUACAGUUGGCAGGGUUCCUGGGUUCGUCUUCCAGACUGAAACUUAACAUCUCAGAACAUGCAAACAAAAUAAUAAUAAUAAUAAUAAUAAUAAAGGUUUACAAAGGCAAUGCCUGGCAUAAAAUUGAAACCAACUGGCCAAACAUCUGCCAAUCUGCAACAAUUUAAAGGCCUCAGGUUCUCAGUCUGGUUCUCCUGAACAUCAAAAUGACAUCCUGACUCUC